ACUCAAGAAGUCCUAAAAAGAGAGUAUUUACCCAAAAAAAAAAUACUUAAAUUUUAAACAAAGGACAGCUCAAGCCCAAACCCGAACUCAUCUCGUGAAUAGUGAUAACUUCAAUUCACAAAUAAGGCAACAAAGGUUUUAGGGUUUUACUUAGGGAAGAGUAACUCAUAGUCGGAGAAAGAGGAGUAACAGCAGCAGCCAUGGCGAGCACCAAAGUACAAAGGAUUAUGACCCAGCCCAUCAAUCUGAUCUUCAGAUUUCUUCAGAGUAAAGCUCGAAUUCAGAUAUGGCUAUUCGAGCAGAAGGAUCUGAGGAUUGAAGGACGUAUUAUUGGUUUUGAUGAGUACAUGAAUUUGGUUCUAGAUGAUGCCGAUGAAGUCAAUGUGAAGAAGAAGAGCAGAAAGCAGUUAGGGCGGAUUCUUUUGAAAGGAGAUAAUAUCACUUUGAUGAUGAACACGGGGAAAUGAUAUCUUGUGAGCUGGACCUUGGAAGAAAUUCGAAUUUUUCUGGCAACUACCAACUGUUGGAACCACUUGCCUUUGUCCACAGGGAGCAGGAUGUUAGACGCACAUCAUUGAGUUUGAACUUCUAUUUCAUGUUUUUUCUAUAUGUAUAUUCAACAUGGUAUCGUUGAGUCUAAUACAGCAUGAAUGGCAUGAACUUCUAUUUCA